AUGGAGAUUGAAAUCAGUGGCUCUUUUUCCCCAAUCUCAUGUGAGGUUUUGGACAUUGAUGGUAAUUAUGCAAGAGAUGAUUGCGAAUCUCGUCGUAAGUUGGAAUUUAAAGAUGAUGAUGACUUCUUCAACACGGCUGUUCCUAUCGAAGAGGAAGGUGAGCAAGAUGUUUUGCAUAACUCAUUAGAUGCAACCAGUGAUAUAAAUUUGCUUCACUCCCAAAUUCCCAAUGAGGCAAUUCCAAAACUUGACAUGAAAUUUAAGACAGAAGAGGCAGCUUAUGAAUUUUAUAAUGCUUAUGUGUACAAAGUUGGUUUUAGUAUGCAUAGAAUCUGUACUCCAAGUAAGACUCAUUUACACAAGUCUCAUAGGAAGCUUAGUGUUGCCCAAGCAGCUGAAUUAGAUAUGGCAAAUGACUGUGGGAUAGCUCCAAAGGCAACAAUUGAGUUUAUGGCUAGACAAGCUGGUGGGCGAGAGAAUCUUGGGUUUAUUCUUCAAGAUUAUAAAAAUUACUUGCGUUCCAAGCGAAUUGUGCAAAUGAAGAUAGGCGAUACCGGUGGUGUUUUGGAGUAUUUGCAAAAAUGCAACUAG